AAAUACAAAAAUAAAUAAAUAGUAUAUAAGUCAGGUUAAAUAAUUGCAUCCCAAACCUUCUUCUCUUACUUUUUUCACAACUUGGAAAUCAACCUAAAAUAAAAAUCAUUCUCAAAAAAACAUCACCACCAUGUCAAUCGUCAUGAGCAUAUCACCUCCACCACCAUCCGCCUCUUCGUCGUCUUCGUCUUCAUCGCCGUUGGCAUCGCCACCAACACCUUCUUCAGUACCAUCCCCGGCAUCAUUGCCGGUCCGUACAAUCCCAGGAAGCUACGGUUGGCCGUUGAUCGGAUCCAUUCCGGAUCGACUGGACUACUUCUGGUUCCAAGGCCCCGAAACAUUCUUCAAGAAACGACUGGACAAGUACAAGAGCACGGUGUUCCGCACAAACAUACCUCCUUCUUUCCCAUUCUUCUUCAACGUCAACCCCCAAGUCAUAGCUGUUCUGGACUGCAAGUCCUUCUCGCAUAUGUUCGAUAUGGAUUUGGUGGAGAAGAAGAACGUACUUGUUGGGGAUUUCAUGCCCAGUGUCAAGUUCACUGGUGAUAUCAGAGUCGGAGCUUAUCUAGACCCCUCCGAGCCACAACACUCUAAGGUGAAGAACUUCGCUAUGGAUAUCCUGAAACAAAGCUCCAAGACAUGGUGCCAAGAACUCAUGUCCAGCCUUUCCACCUUGUGGGACACCAUAGAAGCCGAUCUCUCCAACAAUUCUUCAGCUUCAAUCUUAUUCCCACUCCAGCAAUUCAUAUUUACAUUCCUCACCAAAUGCCUAAUUGGUGCAGACCCUUCAAUCUCACCGGAAAUUGCUACCUCUGGCUACGCCAUGCUCGACCGUUGGCUUGCUCUUCAGCUCCUACCCACCGUCAAAAUCGGCAUCCUUCAACCUCUAGAAGAAAUUUUCCUCCAUUCCUUUGCCUACCCAUUUUUCCUCGUUAGCGGAGAUUACAGAAAACUCUACGAAUUUGUAGAACAAAAUGGUAAAGAAGUGUUGCAAAGAGGGAAAACCGAGUUCGGACUGAGUAAAGAAGAGUCGAUUCACAACCUUCUUUUCGUUCUGGGUUUCAACGCGUUUGGCGGUUUCUCGGUUCAUCUACCGAGUUUAAUCAAUACCAUAGCGAGUGACACGUCCGGGUUACAGCAAAGAAUCGUUCAAGAAGUCAGAUCAAAUGGCGGGUCGACUCUGAGUUUCGACUCGGUUAGGGAAAUGGAUCUGGUUCAAUCGGUUGUGUACGAGACUCUCCGGCUCAACCCGCCGGUUCCCCUCCAAUUCGCCCGAGCCAGGAAAGAUUUCAAAAUCAGCUCGCACGACUCGGCCUACGAAAUCAAGAAGGGUGAGUUAUUAUGUGGGUAUCAGCCUCUGGUUAUGAAAGAUCCGAAAAUCUUUUCAGAACCGGAGUCUUUCAAACCGGACCGGUUCAAGGAUAACAAAGAGUUGCUGAAUUACCUGUACUGGUCUAACGGACCGCAGACCGGUUCACCGAGCGAGUCAAACAAACAGUGUGCGGCUAAGGACUAUGUGACUCUCACGGCUUGUUUGUUCGUUGCUUACCUGUUUCGCAGGUACGAUUCGAUCACUGGAAGCUCAACAUCAAUCACAGCCGUUGAGAAGGCUAAAAAAUGAGAUGGAUAUGAUCAUAGCCGUUGGAGAUGCGUGGGGAUGAGGGUUUAAUCUGGCUUUUCUCGUUUAUAAAUUUCGUCUCUAUUAGAAAUGGAGAAAUAUGGGUCCCACGGAUUCAUGAUUAAAGUGAAAUGGACGAUGGAUAAUUUAUGAUAGGAUAUAAGGGAGCUAUCUUUUUCAAUUGCUGUGAUAAUUGACAUAGUUGGUCCACGUUCACAUGGUUA